AAUCAGCUCCAUCUCAGAAUCUGCGCACUUUUGUUGUUGCUACUUGCUACUUUGCUUGUUUCGUAGACUGCUUGCACUCGCGUAAUAUAUUAGAAUUUUAGAAUACAACAGACGCGAAUUCAUCUUUAUUAGAUAGAUAUAUUAUUUCAGUUUCUUUCUUUAAUUAAAUAACAGAAAAUUGAUUGUUUCUAUUUAAUAUAAAAUGCAUGAUUUAAAUUGUGAUUUCGAAUCUGUUACUCCUGAGAUAUGGGUGGCAAAUGAAGAAGGAUGGCGGGAAAAAUUGUUAACCUUACCUAAUUGGUAUCAGAUACCACUCAUUAACUGCAACGCUUCACACAACCUCUCUGACAGCAAACUAGUCAGGUUCCGUGGCAUGAUCCAGGACAUGCACAAUCCAGAGUUCUAUUUUGAACAAUUUGAAGUUUAUAACACAGUGACCAAAGAGAUUAAAAGCAAAACUGGGAAAUAUCGUGAUACAGCCAAUGUGACGGAAAAUGAAAAAAUAAACUACACAGAAAACUUCAAAGGAGCCCAGCGUCAGACCAUGGUUGUUGUAUCUAUGCCUGGCUUAAGUGACUGGGCACAAAAUGUUGAAGAAAAACAAAAUAUACUAAAGCAUUUAGAGCAACAACCAAACAGUUCUAAAAGACUUCAGUCAUGUACCAAGUUAAAAAGAAGUUAUGAUGAAGCAGAGGAUGAUACCAAUGCUAUGGAAGUGGGUGAGACAGAACCUAGUAAAGAAAUGAAGACAAGUGAAACAGUAAAUCACACAUCAAGUGUACUUUCCAGAGAGCAUUUACUAAAUUUUCCAUUACCUGAUAUGCCCAGUAAGUCCUGUAUUGUAAAGUUAUAUGAAGAGAAUAACAAUAUUAAAUUAAAUACCAUGAUUGAAGUAAUAGGCUUCCUAUCUGUGGACCCGGCUCUAUCCGGAGAGUUUCAAACCGAAAAGAAUCCAUUGGAACCAGAACUGGAGACAGAUGCUGAAACAAUCACACACAAUCCUCCACCCAGCUUAGUACCUAGAAUUCAUGCUGUACAUGUGAAGAUAUUGGAACAUUGCAAUCCGUUAGUGAAAGAUAGUGUAGAUAAAAGUGCAGUGUUGAAUGAAGCAGGUACAGCGAGAGAUCAUCUCAUGAAAGCACUCACUGAACUACUGCUUGGAGAUCAGUUGGCUGCAGAAUACCUCAUUUGUCACCUCAUUGCAAAUGUAUAUCUUCGUCAAGACACAAUGACACUUGGUCAGUUUUGUCUGAACAUUUCCAAUCUACCAACUGAAAAGUAUCCGAACUAUGCUAAACAGUUGUAUGAUAUAAUCAAACAGUUUGUCACCAAGAGUUACUACUUGCCAUUGACCAUAGAGAAUAUGAAUACACUUGCAUUACUGCCAAAGAAGGACUAUGAAUGCAACCGUUUAACAAGUGGCAUCCUACAACUCAGCAAUCACACCCAUCUAGUUUUAGACGAGACCAAGAUGGAACAAGGUACAUUAGAUGCAACCGGAGUUGGCAAUAUUACAGCAUUAGGCAACAUGAUACAAAAUCAAAGAGUCGAGUAUGACUUCAAAUAUUAUAAGAUGGAUUUUGACUCUGAUAUACCAGUUUUAAUAUUAUCAGAAGGAAAGUCUUUGUUACCUAGUGAUUACCAUUUGCCCCUCAAACCAGAGGAUUCGUCACUUGAGAUUUUCGAUGCAAUUGUGGAAGCUGCCACUUACUAUUUAAAAGAAGAAAUCAUGAAUAUUAUUAGGGUUUAUUUAACUAGUCUUAAGCUUGUGAAGUAUACUAUGAAUGAAGAUUUACAGUUUGUUGAAGAUGAUUUUAUUGAAAUGCGAAGCACUUCAGACAGCCAAAAUUCUGUAACUGCCGACGAUUUGCACAGGCUACUCGUACUCGCUCGGUUGGUAAGCCUGUCCCGAGGGCAAAACACAUUGAACAAGGAAUGUUGGGACAUAACUAAAUCUAUGGAGUCUCAGAGGCUGCAAAGACUAAAAAACAGAAGAUCCGCGGUUUUAUAAA